AUGAAGACCAGAAAACUCGAAGGGUUUUUCAGUCAGAUCCCACAAUAUGCAAUACUCUCGCAUCAAUGGCGUGAUGGCGAGGUCCAGUUCCCUGAUAUCGACCAGCCUCACGCCCGUAAUAUGCCAGGCUAUUCCAAGAUUGAAGGUUGUUGUAUCCAGGCUAACGAAGACGGCUAUCGCUAUGUCUGGAUAGACACUUGCUGCAUCAAUAAGAGCAGCAGCUCCGAACUCUCCAAAGCGAUCAACUCGAUGUUCAUGUGGUACAAGAAGGCCCAGAUCUGCUACGCAUAUCUGGACGACGUGUCCAGAUGUGACACUUUGACGGAAGAGUUUUCCAAUAGCCAAUGGUUUCAGAAGAGGGUGGACUCUCCAGGUGCUCAUUGCCCCCAACAAUGUCGUAUUUUUUCGCGCAAUUGGGAGGAGAUAGGAAGCAAAUCUAGCUUCACUCCCUUGAUCAAAAAGAUCACGGGGAUUGACUGCGAUGUCCUACUUAUGAACUACCUGGAAGAGGUCAGUGUAGCGACAAGGAUGUCCUGGGCUGCAGGAAGGCAGACGACAAGGGUAGAGGAUCGGGCAUAUUCACUGCUUGGUUUGUUCGGGGUAUACAUGCCUACGAUAUACGGAGAAGGAGAAAAAGCAUUUGUCAGACUUCAGAUUGAAAUCAUGAAGAGCUCCAACGAUCAAAGCAUUUUCGCUUGGAAAUCUCACCGAGAACAUACGAGUGGUUUACUUGCUUCUUCCCCAGAUGAUUUUGCAGAGUCCCGCGAUGUCGUUAGGAUUCCCUCAGAUUCAUUCAGCAGUAUUUUUCCAAGUUCCACCCUAUCCAUCAGACAUCAGUAUUCGGUGACGAAUCGCGGGGUGAAUAUUCACCUACCUGCCAGGCGUAUGGGAGACCACUAUCAAGUGGCCUUAAGCUGCUGUCAUCGAGCACAAAACUUCCAUCCAAUUGGUUUAUGCCUCCAUCCAGUCCAAGGCCAGACGGAACAGUUCCUCAGGUUCCAGCCCAAUAUUCUUGAUGACGCAGUGGAGGAAUCAUCCGAGUUCACCUUUCAAGAACUUUACGUCCAAGAAGAUGACCCAUCGCUAUUCAUGAUAAUCGAUCCCAAGCGCGACCCUAUCCCUGAAGAAUAUUAUUUCUUCGUUAAAACCGACGGGGUGGUAGAAAAUGGAUUUUCUAUGGUUGGCUAUGCGACAGCUGAGUGGUGGAAGCAGGAGGAGAGCAGGCUUAUCCUGAACUUGGACCACAGUGGAAUAUUCAGCACAUUGCUCUAUUGCCAUCAAAUAACUGGCGAAAGUUUCGCAGUGGUGCUUGGUAUGCAUAACUAUCACGUCUGGUCGUACAUUGUCACGGCUGCGGACAGUGAGACGCCUGACAGCGUUCACACGUCAUUCAACCAGGGAGAAAGAAGUGAUAUUCGAUGGAGCAGUUUGGACUGGUUCACUCAGGAGCUGAGUAUGGGAAGGGCGGCUGUGAAAAUCAGGAAGGGAGGUAAAUACUGCUCUGAUUCUUCUGAAAACUCUGGCGGAUACUCUGUGACCAUCUCUAUCACGGGCGUAUAG